AUGGAUGGAAAUAUGGAAUCUCCAGAAAAAGCGGCUCCCCCGCCGACGCGGCGCGGACGCUCCAUCGCCUCCUCGCGAUGUCGGUCACCCGCUCCCUGCCCCUCCGCGCCGUCUUCCGCGUCUGGCGCGAGCUCGCCCUCCCCCGACGACUUCGAGGACUCCGUCGUCGAGGGGCACCCGCACCUCUUCCGUCUCGGCCCCAACCCGGACGAACCCAACACCCACAUUCUCCACCUCGUCACCGAUCCGGCGACCGAGGAAUUCACCCCGGCGGUGGAGAGGACCCGGCCGGACAGGGACGCCUUCAAGCUGCAGUUUCCGCCGGGGUUCAGGCUGACCAAGGAGUAUCGGAAAAAGGUGAAGGAGUGGCAGCUGCUGCCUUACACCGGCCCGUAUCAGGUCGUCAGUCCGAGGGCUGGGAGCAAGAGGGUGUCGAAGUUGGCGAGGAGGAAGAUGGAGAAGAGGGCAGUAGGGAUCGCGCACGAGUUCCUGAGCCUGACCGUGGGGAAGAUGGUGGAGGUGGAGAAGUUCAGUCAGUCAGUUCAGGAAGUAGUUUGGGAUCGAGGAAAGCGACACACGGUGUUUUUGAGGGAGAUGUAUGAUCGUGGAAAGCUUGUUGAGUCGAAUGAUGUGUCUGAGGCAAGGGCCAAACUCGUUGAGCUCAUGCUCCUGCAUCGACGUGGUCUUGGGAAUGCCAAUUCAAGUGCCAACAUGGCUUCAGGUGCCACUGCUGAUGCCAGAGAGAGUGGUGAUGAUUUUGUUGAGCAUGAGGAUUGCUUGUUGGAUGUAUCGGAGAAGUAA